AUGGCUAUGGCAGAUCAACAGGGUGAGUGUGCAUCUGAUGAGUCAGCACCGAGGCAGCAGCAGGAGCAGCGAGCAGGUGGAAGUCCUCUUGCCGCUUCGUGGCAGUAUGAGUUGUACCAUUUGUUGGAAUCUAUUGAAGUGUGUCAUCGGUAUCUGGCAAACCUGCCUGCUGCAUCUACAGCAGCAGACUCUGGCCAUUCCUCGUUACGAGAUUCUACAACGCAGGAAUAUGCAUUCAGCUGCAUUGUGCUGCUCGCGACAGACACCGCAACGUUGGCGCAACGCCAGCAGGCGGAGGCCUCCUUGAUGGCUCUGCAAAGCAGGCCUGGCUACCUGGUGAUGCUGCUGCAGUGUUACUUGCGCUGUACGGCAAUGGGAGUGGGGGCAGCAGCAGUUUCAAGAGAGGGUUCAGCGGCAGCAACCCAUCAGCUAGUCCAGCUCGCUCAAAAGCUUGCCCACCCGGGAGCAGAUGACGCAGAAGCGGCGUUCGCUGCGCUGCUGCUGCUCAAGGGGGCCUUGCAGAGUGGACAGCAAGUAAGAUCAGACAGAAGCUGCUCUGCUGCUAACAAUGCUGGUCGUGCAGAGAUUUUAUUUGUCCAGGCAUUGCUGGUCGUUCUCUGUAAGGCGCAGGGGCCUCCAGCUUCACCUCGGAGUUUCAAAGUGUAUCUGGCACUGAUGCGGCGGCUUGCCCGCAUGACGGUGGCAGCGUCCCCUGGUGCGACAGCAGAUCGGCUGUCUCAGGCGCUGUCUCAAGAGGCACUGCGGAAAGCCUCCAGCGAGUUCAGCCUGUGCAAGAGCGUCCAGGGCAUGUGCACCUGUUGCGUCGCCCCCUCAAUGGUCCAGCGCGAAGUCGAAGAGCUGGUAGCAGCUGAAGGCAUCCUGCCGUCUGUUCUCAUGCAGACAGUUCUCACAAAGCUGCUGAUUGCAGUUGCUGGGAACGCCGCAGAUGCUCUGGCGUAUGCACAGCUCCUCAAACAGCUACUUAAGGAAUUAAUGACUGUGAGGAUCGGGGCCCAACAGAUGUUUCGUGGACUGUGCAAGGCUCUACUGCCUUGGCUGCAGCACCCGAUCGCGUCGAUUGCAGCGCAGUUGGUGCCGUUGCUGACGCAGUACAUGGAGCUUGAGGCGAACCUGCAGGAGCUUUGCUGGCAGCAGCAACAACAGCAACAGCAGCAGCAGCAACAACAGCAACAGCAGCAGCAGCAGCAAGGGGGUUCUGAGGUAGCGGAACGCAUGCAGCAUCAGAUUGCGCUCCAGACACAAACGUGGAGCGAGCUAGCGACGGUAAAGACAUCCUCUGUUGGCACAGGCCGUGAUGACAAGCCGAUAGAUACGUCUUCUGUUGCUUUGCUGGUGGCGCACUUGUGUGGCGUGCUGCUAAUUUGCGAGGCUCGGGCAGAUCGCAAGCUGCAAGGCGUCGGAGAUCCCGCAGCGCUGCAGCAGCUGCUCGCAGUGCAGCUGCUGCUGUUGCAGCUCCAGCUCUCCGGCGGUGUUUCCCCCGAUAAACGAACCAUCUGUGCUGUUUGUCUCGCGUAUUGUGAGGCUCGUUCUAUGGGCUUUACGGGGGUUGCGGACCAUCACUUCGCUCUCUUGCUCAAGCUGGGUGAAGGCUCGCUGCAGAAACUCUUGCUUGCCUCCGUUAAGCAUUAUGAGAGCAUGAGCAGCAGUAAUAGCGGUGAUGCUGAGCACGACGCGCUCGUGCAGGCCCUUCCCUUGCAGCUGCUUGCUGCUGCCUUGCGGGGAGGCAUUGCGCUGCUCUCAGAGAACGGCUGCGCGCAUGCGGACCAGCCACAGGGGCAGAGGACGGAGUCAGCAGGGGUAUCUCUCAAAGGCGAAACAGAGCUUUUAAGGAGGGCAGCAGCCAGCGAGCUAAAAGCCACCUUCUCUGCUCUCGGAGGGAUUCCAAACCUCAUACAAGCCAUUGCUCUUUCCCGAUUGGGGGCCACUGAGUCGGAGGCCCUCGAAUUUCUCUCUCGCCCAGAGGAGCUCUAUGGGGGCCUUGUCUGCUUCGAAGAGGGAGGCUGCCUCGUGCGAGACGCACUAAUAGCCCUUUUGCAGGAAUGCAUGCGCAACGGGCUAUUGGGGUCAGGCUUCAUACUGCGCCUCUGCAACGCAGUGGACUGUCGUCUCGAGAGCGUGGCAGGCCCUCCCCCGACAGCCUUGGCAGCAGCCUUAGCGGCAGCUGCUGCUCCUGUGAACACUCCCAGCUUUUUGAAUGGCGUCCAGCAGAUCGACGGACUGCUAGCCCUCCUGGCUGUCUCGCUGCAGGCAGCAAUGCACUCGGGUGUCUUUACUUUGGAAUAUCACGAAGGACACCCUCGGCGGCUUGCGUCGCAGCAGCACGCGGCAGUGGCGCAGCUGUUAGGCUGCGAAGAAGACCCUGCUGCCGACAACUGCCUCUAUACGGAGCAGCAAAUGAGGCAGAUGCUGCAGCAGUUUGGAAUCCUCUUGCGUCUGCUGAGUCGCUUUCUGACGGCUGGCCCCUUCGCUGGCGCUGUAGCCGUAGCGGCACUCAACAAGGCGGAGGGAAGGGCAGCGAUCCUCGCUGUUGCUGCUGCGAGGUGCUGUGCCGUCCUGAAGCUCCUGUUGCAAAUAAACCCCGUGAUGCCCGUAGAGGAUUUCAGAGAGGCCGCUCGAGGUGCCCCCCUGUUUCUGGCUGUCUCCUUAUGCGUGCAAGUAGGCGCUCUAAGCGUGGGCAAGGCGGUGGUCAAGAGCUGCGCUGAACAGCAGGAGAUCAAGCUGCCUGUCGAGCAGCUGCUACUGCAGCACCAGAAAACUCCCCAGAAAUUGCCGUACAAGGAGCUACAGAGGACGCUUCUGCUGCUCUUGGCGCAAAGCGAUCGCAGCCUAUGGAGCAGCAAGCUGCUGCAACUGCUGCUGCUGUUACAGUCUGACAGCCGCGAGGAGCAGGAGCGACAGCCCUUGACAGACGAUUUUUUCGACUUUUCAGAGCUUCCCAACUACAGCGACGUUGAGUACCUCCGCUGUGUCCUCAUGGGUAGCACCAGAAACGGCAGCAGCUGCAGCGGCAGCGGGAAGCUUGGGGGUUCUGAGGUGUACAGCCAGCUGUUACACCAGUUCAAGGCUUAUCAUAACAAUGAAGGCCUUCAAUUGCAGCUUCUCGCCUUUCUGCACGGGGCAGUGUUGCUGGGACGUUCUGAGGUGCCUCUGCACUUCUCAACAGGGAUGCCUCGCUACGAGGCUAUGCCCACUGGACUGCUUACCGCCGCUCUGCAGGCUGCUGGAUGGGCAUUAGGCUUGGGAUUCAACGACAAAAUGCUGGACGAGCCGUCUGGUGCUUUGCAGCGCAGUGGCCUUCGCUUGAUGAUCGGCACCCUUAGGGCAGCCGAUCCACUCUCUUCGCCACAUAAUCAGUCCGUACUGUUGGUGCAGCUGGCCCUUGCUGCAGCCGACUCGCAUCUCGCCUUAUCCGACCCGCAGCUGCCGCUGCUGUUGCUCUUUCUUCUGGAGGCAGGAGCCUUCUGCAUUGCCAUAAGGGCCUCCUCAGAGAGUGCCCCCGAAUUGCAGCAUAUGGUGCAGCCGUUGCUGCCGUUGCUGUACACCUGCGCGACUACCAGACUUGUCCAGACGUCGACGUUGAGACGAGUAGUGCAUCAGCAAAGUCGGGCAUGUAGCAUGCUGCUGAUGUUAUUGUUGCUGCUUGAACGGGGAGACUGGCCGCUGCUGCAGGAGCUGUUGCAGCAGGCAUUGGCAGUGGCAGCUGGCUCCUCGAUGAUGCAGCUAGAGCGAGAGGAUGAACAAGCAGUUUGUGGUUGCUUGCCAGUCCUUUGCUGCUGGGGACUGCGCUAUCCAUCGCAGUUCCUCGCAGCUGCUUCGGCUGCCCUUGUGGCUACUGCAUCAGACGUAAGGGAGCAGCUGCUGGAUGUGUGUUCGUAUGCAACACCUGAUGUACAACUCAACGAGCUCCUCCUAAGGCUUGCAUCGUCCAUGUUGUCUACCAAGCGAGCUGCAUACUUUUCCAUCGUCUCCGUUGCAUUUGCUGCCCUCGCUCUGAGCAUCGUCUCCCGCGCACUUUCCACUGUUCCUUGUACCGCCACGGCUGCUGUUCACAGCAGUAGCACCCCUAGACCCCCACAGGAUGUGCUGCCUCGGCUAGCAAGGCUCCAUAUUGAGCGCUGUGCUGCUGUCUUAGAGUCUGCUGUACACUUCAUCAGUGCCGCUGCAGCUACCCCAAGCAGUAGCAGCAGCAGCGGACAGAAACACGGCAGCUCCUCCGAAGUCACACCCCAUAUUCCAGACACGGCUGGCGAGGGACGAGGAGACGGAUGCCCUAAGAGGAACCCCGACUCUCUAGUGUCUGUAUUCUUGGAGAAGCAACUGCUGUCUCUCAGCGGAGAAACUGCAGCGGGUGCUGCAGGCGCUGCCGCUGCUCUGCAGCAGCCCCCAUGCGCUUCCCCGGAGCAGCGACGGUGUCUGACACUCCUACACAUCAGCCUCAGCGGGCUGCCUGUGGAUCAGGAAGAUUGGAAGCAGGGCCUUAAUGGGCUGCUGGAGAGAACCGUGUACCUGGCGAAAAACUGCAUCUACGUCUUGCGCUGCAUUGCAUUCGGAACGGCGUUGAUGUACCCGGUGGGGCCCCCUGUCGCGGAUUGGAUCUUGGGGGGCCCCCCGGCUGAGACCCUUAUGGGGUUCCCCUCUCCCGAGGCUGUGCAGGCUUGGAGCACCCUACUCAGCGCCGAAGGCCAUGAAGCGCUUCAGAAGCAGCUGGCUGCAUUGUCGUUGGCAUCUGACGCGCACCAUUAG